GCUGCUACCCACAGUGCCCGCCCAGCAAGCCGUUCUUCGAUGAGGACCAGAUGAAGUGCGUGGCCCAGUGUGGGGGCUGCUACGACGAGGACGGAAACUACUAUGAUGCGGGCGCCAGGGUCCCCACGGCGGAGAACUGCCAGAGCUGUGACUGCACCUCUAGAGGCCUCCAGUGCACAUACAGCCCCGCAGCCUGUACGUGCACCUACGAGGGCAGAACCUAUGGCUACGGGGACGUCAUCUACAACACGACCGACGGGCUGGGCGCCUGCCUGAUCGCCACCUGCAGAGACAAUGGAACCAUCGUCCGAAAGGCCGAGGAGUGUCCCAGAACCCUGCCCACGACGCCCUUCACCUUCACCAGCACUGCGGCUCCGUCCUCCACCACGGGCUCGGUCCCCACACCCUCCUCCGUGUGCGUGCAGGAGCACUGCCGCUGGUCCGACUGGUACGACAGUGGGCGUCCAGAGCAGGGCGUGGGAGGGGGAGACUUUGAGACAUUCGAGAACCUGCGGCAGAGGGGCUACCAGUUCUGCCCGGCCCCAGCGCAUGUCGAGUGCCGGGCCCAGCAGUUCCCGGAUAUGCCUUUGGAGAAGCUGGGCCAGAAGGUGGAGUGUGGCCAGGCCCGGGGGCUGACCUGCCUCAACAGCGAGCAGAACCCCCCGCUCUGCCACAACUACGAGCUGAGGGUCCUCUGCUGCGACUACGUGCCCUGCGGCACCAGCCCGGCCCCGGGCACCGGCCAGCGGCCAUCCUCCCAGCCCCUGCCCACCUUUACCCAGACCACACCCACCAGAGGAACCUCCCUCCUGUCCACGGCGGUCUCCACCUCACAGACCCCAUCCGCCAACUCCGCCUCAACCGUGACCCGAGUGGGCAGCAGCUUUGUGGUCCCGGCCACCACCACCUGUGAGCCCCGCUGUGACUGGACAGAGUGGUUUGACGAGGACUACCCCAAGUCCGAGGAGGCCGGGGGGGACGUCGAGUCCUACGACAAGAUCAGGCGUGCGGGAGGGGCCGUGUGCGAGCAGCCCCAGGGCAUAGAGUGCCAGGCCGAAAACUUCCCCGACGUGAGGCUGGAGGAGCUGAAGCAGCGCGUGCACUGUGACGUCAGCUUCGGCCUGGUCUGCAGGAACGACGAGCAGGUGGGCCUGUUCAAGAUGUGCUACAACUACAAAAUCCGCGUGCUGUGCUGUGGGUACAGCCACUGCGGGGAGCCCACGUCCCCCACCACCACUGCCACCGCAUCCACUGUCACAGCCCCCACAGCCACCACCUCCACUGCCACAGCCACCACUGUGGCCACCUCUACAGCCACCACGGCAGCCACCUCCACUGCCACAGCCCUCACUGCCACCACCUCCACUGCCACCGCAUCCACUGCCACAGCCCUCACUGCCACCACCUCCACUGCCACAGCCCUCAAUGCCACAGCCCCCACUGCCAAGACAUCCACUGCCACGGCCUCCAUUGCCACCACAUCCACUGCUACAGUCACCACU